CACAGACAGACAGGCAGAGUAGAACUGCACUCAAUACGGACAGAAAGGGAUACAACACAGAUCAUACUGACUGACAUUCAUGCACUGAUUUGCUGAUUUGUUUCUGGACCAGCUAGCAAUAACCAGUGACAGCUGGCGGUGAAUAGGGAUGACUUCCACACUGAGGUUUCAGUGGACCGGUCUUCCUUUCCGCCAGACGGGAAGCUGUCAUCUUUUUGGAUCCACGGUCUGACUGACGUCUGGAAGACAGAACACAAGGCCAACAGCCAGUUCAUGUGAAAGUUGUUUCAGAGGCCCGUUAGCCUGUCCGCUGCCAUGCCGAGGGACUCCCGGCCCUGCCGGCUACGCUGCCACAUGCUCUGUCUGGUUCUGACUGUCGUUCUCCUGCCAGGCCGCUUGUCUCUGGAAGAGUUGCCCAGGGGCUCCGAAGACGUGUCUGGAAGUGGCUCCGUGAGUGACCGCGCCGACACCAACCCACGCCAGUACAUCUCUAUCCAGCGCGGACCCUGCACCUACACCUUCCUCCUGCCCGAGAAUGCUGGUGGGGACCGGCCGUGCUGGUCAGAGGCAGAGGAGGUCGGCAGCGCCAGCAGCAGCCAGGCCCAGAGCCAGUACCACGGAAACACUCUACAGGGAGAUGCCUCCCCGGUAGAGCCCAACCCGCCAGAACAGGUCCGAGGGAUUUCCAGCCGAAGGAUCCAAAACCUGGAGCAGGUCGUGGACAACUAUACCCUGUGGAUUCAGCAGAUCGAAAGCUUUGUGAAGGACAGUCUGAAGGGGGAGAUGACUCAGCUACAACAGAGUGCUAUCCACAACCACAGCGUAGCCAUCUUGGAUCUGGGAAUCAACAUCCUAACAAAGACUGCCCAGCAUACGCAGAAACUCACCGACAUAGAGACCCAGAUGUUAAAUCAGACCUUGAGGCUUGAGAUUCAGCUCCUGGAGAACUCUCUUUCCACCAACAAACUGGAGAACCAGCUGCUCAUUCAGACAACAGAGAUCAGCAGCCUUCACCACAACAACGAGCUCUUGGAGCAGAAGCUGCAGGCGAUGGAGUCCCGGCACCACGAGGAGCUGGUCUCCAUACAGGAAGAGAGGAGAAGCCUGCAGCAACUGGUGAACAGACAGAGCGGCGUGAUCACAGAGCUGCAGACCCAUCUGGACCAGGCCACUGGCAACAACAGCAUACUGCUCAACCAGCAACAGCAGCUCACCGACACUGUCAAUAAUCUCCUGAAGCUCUGCUCCAAUCACAGAGCAUCUGGAGUGGUCCCAAACACCAAUGUUGCCUUCAAGCAGAGAGAUUCAUCGCAUGAAGAGAGAAAGUAUCGGGACUGCGCUGACAUUUUUCAAGCUGGCUUCAACAUCAGUGGAGUUUAUACUAUUCACAUCAACCCACAGGAGACCAAGAAGGUUUACUGCAACAUGCAGACAGCUGACGGUGGGUGGACAGUCAUCCAGAGGAGAAGAGAUGGAACCACGGACUUCCAGAGAACGUGGACGGAGUACAAGACGGGCUUUGGCAGUCUUAUCGGAGAGCACUGGCUGGGGAAUGAGUUUGUGUUCCUGUUGACCAACCAGAGGCCCUAUAUCCUGAGGGUUGAGCUGACCGACUGGGACGAACAGCAGGCCUUUUCCCAGUACGGCCGCUUCCGCAUCGCAAGUGAAAAACAGAAUUACAGGCUCUUCCUGAAGAGUCACAGUGGAACUGGAGGCAAGCCGAGCAGCAUGGUGGUCAGCGGAGCAGACUUCAGUACCAAGGACAUGGACAACGACAACUGCAUCUGCAAAUGUGCUCUCAUUCUCACCGGGGGUUGGUGGUUUGACGCCUGUGGACCAUCAAACCUGAACGGGAUGUACUACAGCUACGAUCAGAGCGCGGGCAAACUGAACGGGAUCAAGUGGCACUACUUCAAGGGUUCCAGUUACUCCCUUCGUGCUACCACCAUGAUGAUACGACCCGCGGAUCUCUGAGACCGUCCCUCCGAUGCCUGGGAGACCUGGGGGAUCCUUUUGACCAUGGUGAGGUAGAUGAUGAAGAAGAUGACAGUCAGGACCCAGUACAAGAUGGCCACAAAUAUG